UCAAACAAAACCGAAAUCGUUUAGCUUAUCGUUUGUUGUUUGACGUUGCCGUAUUUAAAAUUCUAAAAUUACACGCACAGCUGGGCAAAAUUGUGGUGCAGCAGCCAUGGCAGAAGCGAAUCCAGGAGCCGGAUUUACCGAGGAGCUCGACACCAGCUGGUGCCUGAUCGAAAGCGAUCCGGGUGUCUUUACCGAGCUAAUUCGUGGCUUCGGCUGCACUGGAGCCCAGGUGGAGGAGAUCUGGACAUUGGAUGCGGAUGCCUUUCAUCACCUGGAGCCGAUCCAUGGUCUGAUCUUCCUGUUCAAGUGGGUGCAGGACGACAAGCCAGCCGGUCGCGUGGUCAAGGAUCGCAGUGACGUCUUCUUCGCCCGCCAGGUGAUCACCAAUGCCUGCGCCACUCAGACCCUUCUCAGUCUUCUGCUGAAUCUGCACCACACGGACAUCGAUUUGGGCAGCACUCUCAACGGCUUCAAGAGCUUCUGCCAGAAUCUGGACCCGGAGACCCGGGGCUUCUGUCUGAGCUACCAGGACAAGAUACGCAAGGUGCACAACUCAUUCGCCCGACCCGUUCUCUUUGAGUUGGACACGCAGCAAGCUCCGCAGGACGAGGAUAUCUACCACUUUGUGGGUUACAUGCCGAUAAACGGACGACUCUACGAACUCGACGGCCUGCACGAGGGUCCCAUUGAGCUGGCCGAGGUUGGGAAGCAGCAAAACUGGCUGGACGUGGUGCGUCCCAUCAUUGAGGCCCGCAUGCAGCGCUACAGCGUCGGCGAGAUCCACUUCAACCUUAUGGCCUUGGUAUCGGAUCGCCAGCGGUGCUACGAGCGCCAGAUCCAAUUGCUCGUCCAUCAGCCAUCGCCGUUGACCCACGAGGAGCGUCAGGCGGAGAUUGCCAGCCUGAGGACCUAUGUGAAGUUCGAGCAGGACAAGAAGCGUCGCUACCGACAGGAGAAUCUUCGCCGGCGCCACAAUUAUUUGCCCUUCAUCGUCGAGCUGCUGAAGCAACUGGCCGAGACCGGCCAACUGAUGCCCAUCUACGAGAAGGCCAAGCAACAGGCCAUGCAGUUCCAGGCUCCCAACAGACUGAACCAUAAGCAAAAUCAAGGACCCUAGUCCUAUCUACCUUUAACUGGUAGACAACCCUUCACUGACAAUCUUUAAUUAUUGAUUACUGGAACUUUUGUUCCGGUAGCCAGAAGCUCGCUCUGUUUAAUUCAAUUUAAUUUUUUUUUCUUUGAUUAUAUUAAAUAAAUAUGUUGAGCGCAGUGAAGUGAUAAGAUA